UGCCGCGAAACGUGUCAGCUCAGCAUUAACGCAGAGUUAGGAGUACGGCGAGAACUCGUGCAACCUACUGGUGCGGCGAGAAAAUGUGAACUAGACACGGGGGUGGGGGUUGUUGGCGUAACUGUAGGAGGGGCUCACUAACACGAUGUAAAACUGCUGGCAAUACAGGCAGGUCGCUGGGAAAUCUAUACUGCAGACCAUCAAAGUGGCGAGUUUUCCUUCACCAAAGUAUUAAAUCACUGCAGGUUUGACGAAAAAGACGAGACUGUAAUUGGGGGAGUUUAGCUGAGUGUUUUCCGUGGUCAGUUGUUGACUUGCAUCAUUCCUCGGACCCGAAGAGCAUCGAAGUACCUGUGAUGCAAUGUUCCGCUGACACCUCUCCGGAUUAAACCUACAGUAGCCCUGUUUUCAAGUGUUGCAGGGCGGCUGGUUUGUGCAUUUGAGGUUAGCUUUUUGACUUGGGCUCCAUUAACCAAACAAUGCAAGUCUCUAUUGCGUGCACCGAUCACAAUUUGAAGGCACGGAAUAAUGAGGAAAGGCACAAGCAGAACUCCAGCAGUCCGAAAUUAGGCAAUGGGGCCCGUGCGAAAUUCCGGACGGUUGCUAUCAUUGCCCGAAGUCUGGGACACUUCAUACCCCAAAACCACAUGUCUUUGAAAGAAUCCACAGCAAAGCAGACGGGGAUGAAAUACAGGAAUCUGGGAAAAUCAGGACUUCGAGUAUCUUGUCUGGGACUUGGAACCUGGGUAACAUUUGGAGGUCAGAUAUCUGAUGAGGUGGCUGAGGAACUUAUGACAAUUGCUUACGAGCAUGGAGUAAAUUUGUUUGAUACAGCAGAGGUGUAUGCAGCUGGCAAGGCAGAGAUCAUACUUGGAAACAUCAUCAAGAAAAAAGGCUGGAGACGAUCAAGCUUGGUGAUAACAACGAAGCUCUACUGGGGAGGAAAGGCUGAGACUGAAAGAGGUCUUUCUCGAAAACAUAUUAUUGAAGGUUUAAAGGCUUCUCUGCAGAGAAUGCAACUCGAGUAUGUUGAUGUUGUAUUUGCUAAUCGACCAGACACCAACACUCCAAUGGAAGAAAUUGUCCGGGCGAUGACGUAUGUGAUAAACCAGGGAAUGGCCAUGUACUGGGGUACAUCCCGUUGGAGUGCCAUGGAGAUUAUGGAGGCCUAUUCGGUGGCAAGGCAAUUUAAUUUGAUUCCUCCAGUCUGUGAGCAAGCAGAAUAUCAUAUAUUUCAAAGAGAAAAGAUUGAAGUCCAGCUCCCUGAGCUUUAUCACAAAAUUGGAAUUGGGGCAAUGACGUGGUCUCCACUCGCCUGUGGAAUCAUUAGUGGGAAGUAUGAUAUUGGAGUACCCGAUAGUUCACGUGCUUCUUUAAAGUGUUACCAGUGGUUGAAGGACAAAAUUAUCAGCGAGGAAGGAAGGAGACAACAGGCUAAGCUGAAGGAUCUCACUCCGAUUGUGGAACGACUGAGCUGCACUCUGCCUCAGUUAGCAAUAGCUUGGUGUCUACGUACAGAGGGUGUCAGUUCAGUCCUCUUAGGAGCCUCCAAUGCACAACAGCUUACUGAAAACCUAGGUGCCAUACAGGUACUCUCAAAGUUGACAACACAGACUGUGACUGAGAUUGACAAUAUAUUGGGCAACAAACCAUACAGCAAGAAGGACUACAGGUCCUAACUUAAAGAAGCAUGACAUUGACUGGGAAUGCAUGAUGAAAGUGGUACUCUUUACUUGCUGAACCACUGUCUGGUUAAUGUGAAUUUAAAGCUGUUCCCUGCUGAAUUCCCACAGGUGCAUGCCGAUGCCACGAGAGAGUGUGCCCUUACUGAGAAGCACAUUCCUGGGUUAUUAAGGUGGUUCCUGAAGUUUAUUACUCAGCAAAACUGAGCUCUACUUUUGUCUCUUUGCAUCAUGAAAAAAAUUAGAUCAUGCAAGUUCAUAGCUUGUGUAUCGUUGAACUUAUUAAUUCCGGUAAAGCUUAAACAAGUAUUCUUUUUCCUCCCUUCUGAACCUCAUCCUGCGUUAGGAUCAGUCAUAUACAUUUCCUUGCUUGCACUGAGCUGGAACUUUUGUGACUUUCUUAGAACAGGAGGCUAAGUGUGCUUACAUCAAUGAAUUGACAUCCAGUGAUGGACAUUGCACACCUUAUUUUGCAUUGUAAAAUAUGCUGAAAGUCAAUGCUUGUUUUAACUUGUUCUUGAUUGGGUACUAUCUGUAAUAAUCAAAGGUUAACCUGCAUUGUAACUAUAUUGCAUUCACUUGAAGUAUACUGUAUGAACUUCUCACCGGAACUGUUGGAUACCUUGUUCAGAAUGGAAGUUUAUUUAAGAAAGCUCCACAAAGCUUAUGUUGUAUAAAUGUCUAGUUUUUAAUCCUUUCAUUGAAAUGGGGAGUGAGAGAAGGAAAUAAAUAUAUAUAUAGACUGACUGUGACCCUAGUGACCCCAGAAAUGUUGAACUGGGACCUUAAGCCUGUUGGAUUUUAACAAAGGGAGCUAUGUAUUACCACAUUUGUACAAGGUACUGGUGAGAGACAUCACGUAUUUGAGGCAGAACGUUAGCAACAUGGAUAAGGUGAGUGGGCCAGUUGAAAGAGCCAAGUUACACACAAUGGAAUCAAGGCAGACUAAUUAAUGAUGUAAGUACGCUAUACUUUUUUUUAAAAAAAACACUCAAAUUAGGUAGAAAAUGUACUUGAAAGGCCUUUGUAGUGAGAGGGGGUGAAGUAGAAAAGGGUGAAGCAACACUUCAGUUGUACAUAACGUAAAACAGAUUGUUAUAUUCAGUUUUGGCAAGGCACCUCAGGAAGUAGAUUUGGCCCUGAGCAGGUACAAUGCUAUUUUCUUUGCUGGCAAAGAUCCUUUUUACAUCAUUUUUUUUUAAAAGCUUAAGCCACCAGUAUUGAUUUUUGUCCCCUUAAAGGCUGUGGAUACUUAAAGUCAAUGUUUCUUUAAAACCAAUUCAAAAGUGUCUGGCUGAGGUAACUUGCCAUGCAAAUCCAGAGGCAGAAGUCAGCCAUGAUAAAACUGAAUGGUAGGACAAGAUCAUUAGGCAAAAUAAAACCCCCUCCCCUGUUAACAGAUUUUAAAAAUCUAAUACAAAUCAAUUAAAAUCUGUGAAACAAAGUAGUUUAAGGUAGUUUGUUAGUGUGCUCAUCCUUAAUUGUUUUGAAACAACACAAUACAUACCAGAGUACUAUGCACUCAGAUUGAUUAACAGAUUUCAUUUGAUGUUCAUGUAUCUUUACUUUGAUGCUUACAAAAUGACUUGCAGUAGAUUAAAACUUGUACAGUAUAUACAAAAAAGCUUAAUUAGAUACAAGUGUACUAUCGGAUAAUUGGUUCCAUCAUACAAUGCCUUUGUUUCUUUUGUUGAUUUGUUGCAUUACAAUUGAUAAAUCCAAUAGAUUUAUAAUAGCAAUCUAAUUGAAUUGCCAGGAGUUAUUAGAUGAUAUUGCAUAUCUUUGGACUUUGAUUUGGGUUGUACUAUACAACUGUAGCUAAUGCCUGUGUUCUUUUAGGGUGCAACAUCUCAGGAAUAAAUGCUUUUUUUUUGUUCAAUGGUUUUCAGACAAUGUAGAAGUGAAUUUUAAUGGAAUGUAUUAUUAUUUGUGCAUGACAAAAUCCGGUCCAAAUAAAUAAAAAUAUUGAACUUAUUUUUAGUCACUGAUUUGGGAUUUAGUGCAAUACAAAUGCCAGCAUUGUAAUCACAAACAAGAGAAAAUCUGAAGAUGCUGGAAAUCCAAGUAACACACAAAAUGCUGGAGAAACUCUGUAGGCCAGGCAACAUCUGUGGUAAAGGUAGGAGGUAGAAACGAGAGGUGUGAGGUAAGGGAACUAUGAGGUUGCUGGCAGUGGAUGGAAAAUCCCCAGGUGACAAUGGCCUGUAGCUCCUUAGUGGGCUCCUGUUCAAGGGGUAAGUAAGAGGAGGUGUAGGAGAGUUGUUGCCUGGCCUCAGCAAGGUAGAGGUCAGUCCACCAGACUACAGCACCCCCUUUUAUGUGUGAGUUUGGUGGUGAGGUUAGGAUUAGUGUGGAGAGAGUGGAGACUCUCUUAAAGGAAAAUCCUGCCUGACAAACCUAUUACAAUUUUUUGAGGAAAUUACCAGUAGGCUAGACAAGGGAGAUACAGUGGAUGUUGUAUAUUUGGAUUUUCAGAAGGCCUUUGACAAGGUGCCACAGAUGAUGCUACUUAACAAGAUAAGAGCCCAUGGAAUUAUGGGGAAGUUACAUACGUGGAUAGAGCAUUGGCUGAUUGGCAGGAAACAGAGAGUGGGAAUAAAGGGAUCCUGUUCUGGUUGGCUGCCGGUUACCAGUGGUGUUCCACAGGGAUCAGUGUUGGGGCCACUUCUUUUUACAUUGUACAUCAACGAUUUGGAUUAUGGAAUAGAUGGCUUUGUGGCUAAGUUUGCAGAUGAUACAAAGAUAGGUGGAGGGGCCGGUAGUGCUGAGGAAACAGAGAGUCUGCAGAGAGACUUGGAUAGAUUGGAAGAAUGGGCAAAAAAGUGGAAAAUGAAAUACAAUUUGGAAAGUGUAUGGUUAUGCACUUUGGCAAAAGAAAUAAACGGGCAGACUAUUAUUUAAAUGAGGAAAGAAUUCAAAGUUCUGAGAUGCCACGGGACUUGGGAGUCCUCGUACAGGAUUCCCUAAAGUUAACCUCCAGGUUGAGUCGGUGGUGAAGAAGGCAAAUGCAAUGUUGGCAUUCAUUUCUAGAGGAAUAGAGUAUAGGCGCAGGGAUGUGAUGUUGAGGCUCUAUAAAGACCUCACUUGGGGUACUGUGGGCAGUUUUGGCCUCCUUAUUUAAGAAAGGAUGUGCUGAUGUUGGAGAGGGUACAGAGAAGAUUCACUAGAAUGAUUCCGGGAAUGAGAGGGUUAACGAGGAACGUUUGUCCGCUCUUGGACUGUAUUCCUUGGAGUUUAGAAGAAUGAGGGGAGACCUCAUAGAAACAUUUCGAAUGUUAAAAGGCAUGGACAGAGUGGAUGUGGCAAAGUUGUUUCCCAUGAUGGGGGAGUCUAGUACGAGAGGACAUGACUUAAGGAUUGAAGGGCGCCCAUUCAGAACAUAAAUGUGAAGAAAAUUUUUUAGCCAGAGGGUGGUGAAUCUAUGGAAUUUGUUGCCACGGGCAGCAGUGGAGGCCAAGUCAUUGGGUGUAUUUAAGGCAGAGAUUGAUAAGUAUCUGAGUAGCCAGGGCAUCAAAGGUUAUGGUGAGAAGGUGGGGGAGUGGAACUAAAUGAGAGAAUGGAGCAGACUCAAUGGGCCGAAUGGCCGACUUCUGCUCCUUUGUCUUAUGGUGUUAUGGAGACAUUCGUUUGGGAGGAGUGAGGUUAGACUUGGAGAGAGGAGCGGUGAAGUCGAGACUGUUGAUAUCUUGUCGGCAUUUAGUAAAGAAAAGAUCCAGAGCAGGCAGAAGGCCUGAGCAGGGUGUCCAGGAAGAGGAGGGUUAAAGAUGGGAGAACAGUCCUAAUUAAAAGUCUCUGUUUACUCUUUUGCAUAGAUGCUGUCUGGCCUGCUGAGUUCCUCCAGCAUUUUGUGUGUGGCAGCACAAGUACCUGGUUUGAGGAACAAUUUUUUAAUGGCCAAACGAAACCGCUUGAUUAAUGUUUAAUUGCACCCUUGGAGAGAAGUCACACUGAUUAUAUCGCUAUGACAUGAGGCAAGUAGCUGGAGAGAAAUACUGGAGUACACUUGUACACGCAGCUGCUGCUAACAUCGCCAAAGUUCAGAAGGCAACUUCUUAAUGACCUUACCAGUGUUUUCCCCUUUUUAUUCCUUAAGACACGUACAACAUGCCGGCUGGUGGCGUAGUGGCAUCGGCGCCGGACUUAGGAGCGAGGGCUCCUGAGUUCGAACCCAGCCGGCUCCCAUGGCACGCUUUCCAUCCGUGCUGGGUUGAGCGUCAAGCUAGCAACUCGACCUCAUAAAGAAGAAAUUGCCUGCUACAGAAAUAUCAACAGCAAAAAGUUGAUGGCCUUUGCCCUCGUGAGUUUAAAAGCCGAUUUCCUUUUCAUGUAGAACAUAGUAUAUAUUCCUAUGGUAGUAUCAUUCAUUGUCUAUAUCCCAGCCUUUAGUUCUCUCAGAUGCACCAUUUCUCAGUCUUCAGGAUUAAAUUCUAUCUGCCAUUUCUCUGUCUCAUCAAUGAACAUGUCAAUAUCUUUCUUGAGCCACAGACUACACUUACCAUUUCCUCACAUUCCAACUGCAGAACACUCCUGCAGGAAAUAUGGCAUGCAAACCUAAGUCCUGGCAUGUUUUUCUACUGAUGAAUUAUGUUGGUUACUGUCACCAGGUAUCAUACAUGUUCAUCAGACUGCUAAAUAAAUGACCAACAUGCCACUAUUUCCCAGAAGACAAUCAGAACAUAGAACAGUACAGCACAGGAACAGGCCCUUUGGCCCACAAUGUUGUGCUGAACAAUCCAAAAAGCAGAUCAAAAAUCCCCCAAAAACUAGUCCCUCUUACUUACACAAUGUCCAUAACCCUCCAUCUUCAUGUCACUCCCUAAACAUCUCUUAGAAGCAUUUAACGUAUUUGCCUCUACCAACUUACUGGGCAGCGCAUUCCAGGCAUCCACCACUGAGUAAAAAAACUUACCCCUCACAUCUCCUUUGAACAUACCCCCUCUCACCUUCAAUACACGCCCUCUGGUAUUAAACAUUUCUACCCUGGAAAAAUAUACUCCCUGUCUACUCUAUCUAUGCCUCUCAUAAUUUUAUAAAUCUAUUAUCAGAUCUUCCUUCAGCCUCCGCCAUUCCAGAGCAAGCAACCCAAGUUUGCCCAGCCUCUCAUGAUCGCACAUGCCCUCUAAACCAGGCAGCAUCAUGGUAACACACACAAAAUACUGGAGGAACCCAGCAGGCCAUCCUAGUAAAGCUCUUCUGCAUCCUCUCCAUAGCCUUGACAUCCUUCCUAUAGUGGGGUGACCAAAACUGUAUGCAAUACUCCAGAUGUGCCUAACCAGAGUUCUAUAAAGUUGCAACAUAACCUCUUGACUUUUGAACUUAAUGCCUUAACUAAUAAAAAGCAAGCAUUCCAUAAGCCUUCUUUAUCACCCUAUCGACCUGUGUAGCCACUUCCAUGCUAUGAACUUGGUCCCCAAGAUCUCUCUGCACAGCAGCACUUAAUGGUUGAUUUCUGUACACAGCUUUCAGAUCCAUCAACAUUUAAGCAGAUUAAGCAAUGGAUUUAUUUUAAUCCAUUUAAAGUAUUUUUCAAGGUUUUCAAAAAUCAGCAGCGGAGGUCUCUGACCCGAGUUGCUACUUGUGGCCUGUUCGGCCCCAUGGAAAUCCCACAGUUGAGGUUGCCAAGGUAACCCUUCACAUGCUGCCACAACAAGUUAUUGCAACUGCACAUGCACCGGGUGUAGACAGUGAAUUAAAUCAAGCACAAACUAUCCCUCUGCACAGGAACAAAAUUACCAAGGCAUGUUGUUUUCUUAACAAGCCAAACAUUUCCAGCGAUUGUUACUCACCAUUUCCAGUGAAUGUUCUGGACCAUUAGUAACCUAAUCUUUAAAACUGUUAACUGAUGGGACAGAAAUCCAAGUACAGUUGAGCAGCGUGCUCGUGUUAGCAAAUCGGAUCAGGAACUGAAAACAAGGGAAGAAUGUUCUAGGAGUGCCUAAUGAUGGUCACACUCAAUAUAAUGAGGUCAGCAUUUCCUUGAUGUGCACCAAAAAAGACAUUGCAUAUGGAAUGAUAUUAAAUCAAGGUCAUCAGAAUAACCCUUAACCAGAUAUGACCAUAUUAGAUACAAUGCAACCUGUGCUAUAGUCUGGGGGAGCGGGGAGAGGAGAAUAACUUGCACGUAAUUGAAUUUCUAGACAGAUGCUUUUAAUUAGUUGCUUCUGUCGAAAUACACUGAUGAAAUGCCUUGAGAGGUUGGUUAUGACUAUACUGAAUUCCUGCCUCAGCAAGGGCCUGGACCCAUUGCAAUUUGCCUAUCGCCACAGUAGGUCAACGGCAGACACAAUCUCAAUGGCUCUCCACAUGGUUUUAGACUACCUAGACCACACAAACACCUAUGUCAGGAUGUUGUUCAACUACAGCUCACCAUUUAAUAUCAUUCUCACAAUCCUAAUUGAGAAGUUGCAGAACUUGGGCCUCUAUACCUCCCCAUGCAAUUGAAUCCUCGGCUUCCUAACCUGAAGGCCACAGUCUGUGCGGAUUGGUGAUAACAUAUCCUCCUCACUGACGAUCAACACUGGCGCACCUCGGGGGUGUGUGCUUAGCCCACCAUUCUACUCUCUGUAUGCACAUGACUGUGUGGCUAGGCAUAGCUCAAAUACCUUCUACAAACUUGCUGACGACACAACCAUUGUUGGUAGAAUCUCAGGCGGUGACAAGGCCAUACAGGAGUGAGAUAUGCCAACUAGUAGAAUGAUGCCACAGCAACAACCUGGCACUCCACAUCAGUAAGACAAAGGAGCUGAUUGUGGACUUCAGGAAGGGCAAGAUGAAGGAACACAUACUAAUCCUCAUAGAAGAAUCAGAAAUGGAGACAGUGAGCAGCUUCAAGUUCCUGGGUGUCAAGAUCUCCGCGGAUCUAACCUAGUCCCAACAUAUUGAUGUAGACAUAAAGAAGGCAAGACAGAGGCUAUACUUUACUAGGAGUUUGAAGAGAUUUGGCAUGUCAACAAAUACACUCAAAAACUUCUAUAGUUAUUCCGUGGUGGAGGGGCUACUGCACAGGACCAAAAGAAGCUGCAGAAGGUUGUAAAUCUAGUCAGCUCCAUCUUGGGCACUAGCCUACAAAGUACCCAGGACAUUUUUAGGGAGCGGUGUCUCAGAAAGGCAGCAUCCAUUAGUAAAGACCUCCAGCACCCAGGGCAUGCCCUUUUCUCACUGUUACUAUCAGAUAGGAGGUACAGCAGUCUGAAGGCACACACUCAGCAAUUCAGGAACAGCUUCUUCCCCUCUGCCAUCCAAUUUCUAAAUGGACUUUGAAGCUUUGGACACUACCUCACAUUUUUUUUUAAAUACAGUAUUUGUUUUUGCACAUUUUUAAUCUAUUCAAUAUACACAAUUGAUUUACCUGUUUAUGUUUUUUUUCUCUCUGCUAGAUUAUGUAUUGCAUUGAACUGCUGCUGCUAACAAAUUUCAUGUCACAUGCCAGUGAUAAUAAAACUGAUUCUGAAAACUCAUUCAGACAACAAUAAAUGGCAUUUAGCAAAAAUAAUUUAUGUCAAUGUACUUAUAUUGAUGUACAUUCUCUUAAUGUGCAAUAGUCCUAAUCUUGUACAUCUAUUCCAGGCAUGUAUACCCUUUCUUCAAUUAAGUUUUAUUAACUGUUGUGGUACAAUUCAGUCAUGUGAUUAACGUUCCUCCUGUUUUGAUCUUAAAUCUUAAUUCUAUACAGUAAAUUAAGGGAUGGUUAUUUUUAAUCCCAGUAUUUCAAGCUUUUUACGUUUAACAAUACAACUGCUUCCUCAUAGUUCUCUCCCCGACCUGCUUACAAAUCCCUGUCAUAAUUAUAAACCCAUAAAGGUAAUCUGUAAUUCUUGUCAAUAUUUUGUGAAGUUUUUGCUGGACCUCCUCAAGCAUCUAUUUUGCCACUAUUGUCCUUUACCUCUAUCGUGCUGCUUGUAAAAAUAUAGAAAUGUAAAACACUGAAGAAUCCAAUAUUGCACUGAGGUACAAUAUUCAUUCAUAAAAUCAUAUAACAAUAUGGCCCCAUGAAGUUCUUUAUACCUGAUGAUUAUAAGCUACAAAUCGAUCAAUGGGACAUAACUGUUUUACAAAACUAGUAUCAUAAACAAAUUUUUGGAAUAGGAUUCCAUACUUAGCACU